AUGGAGGAGAAUUCCACGACCACUUUUAACACAACUCGCACUGAAAAAGCUCCAACAGCAAUCAGGACCAUACCUCUGUCUGAACUGAUCACAUGGUGUACAGCCUUCGCUUUGGUAGCAGUAGCUAUUAUAAUCGGCAAUGCACUGACUAUCGCAGUUUUCACAAGGAAAAGGAUCAUACGCAUGCGCGCUAACUACUUCCUAACAACGCUCGCUGUCGCAGACCUUCUGGUCGGUGCCUUUGCAGUCCCACUGUACAUACAUCAAUUAGUAUGGUACUGGAAAACAAACAGCAAUGAAAAGGAUAUUUUUGUUGCUUUCAUGGCCAUUGAUAUAUUCACUGGAUUCGCUUCAAUCUUCGCUCUUACAACGAUUGCUUUGGAACGGUUAUACGCAGUGAUGUGGCCUUUGAAGAAUAUGGUCACUUCAAAACGAGUUUAUUACUUCGUUAUAAGCAUUGUAUGGUUUUUGUCAGCUCUAGUGGCCCUUCUAUACUUCAUGAACGAUGGCUUUAAAGUAUUCAAACUUAGAGUCUUCUUCUACUUCGUAAUUUUCUUCAUAUCCUCGUCGUUGCUAAUUAUUUGCGUGGCUUACGUCCUCAUAUGGAAAAAAGUGACAUUGCAAAAGGAUGAUUCUCCACGGCAAGGCAGCAAAUAUCAAGAAGAGAUGGAACAAAGGAAGAGAAGAACUCAAGAGAAAAGCCUUGUUACUACGCUUCUUAUACUUAGCUUAGUUUUCGUUCUAACUUGGGUCCCAUUCUAUGUGCUUAACAUUGUGGUUUUCUUUUAUGCUAAGCGAGAACCGAUGGACAUUCCCUUUGAAGCAUUCUGUUUCACUAAACUGCUUCAUUACAGUAACAGCCUGGCGAAUCCCAUUGUCUAUUCUAUUAGAAUUCCCCGAUUCGCGCGAUCGCUGCUAGGAUUUUUUCGCAAAAGAAAAAGCGCAUUGAUGGUAUCCUUGCGCCUUUCUAUAAAACGAUAA